AGUGCUGUUCUUACUUUCAGAUCAAAUCUAAUCAUGUCUUACAGUGAGGAAAAGAUUAAGAAAAUGCUUCCUAAGACAUAUCUUAGGAAGCAUGUGGCUAAUGAAAUUAGUGUUGCAGUGACUCACUUCAAACAUCUUGUCCCAGUGAUGGACAAAUACGUUUACAACGAUGGAACCACUAAGGACUUGAUGAGUCUGACGGGAACCAUUCAAGUCAAGUAUACUGACAAGUCCUACAACAUCCCUGUGUGCCUAUGGCUUGAAGAAAGCUAUCCCCAGACUCCCCCCAUCUGCUACGUCAGACCCACACGGGAGAUGAUGGUUGUCCGGGGAAAGUUUGUGUCCACUAAUGGGGAAGUGAUCCUACCUUACUUGGAUGAGUGGAAAAAUGGUGAAUGUGACCUGGUGAGCCUCCUCCAGGUGAUGAGUGUCAUGUUUGGAGACUUCCCUCCUGUUUGUAUGCGGCCCCAUCCCGAGCCAGAGCUGUCUUCUUGUUGGCUGCAGUUCCAUCAGAAACGAGCACGAGUGCUGUCAAAUUCAGAUGGAGAAAUGUAUCUGUGUUUACCCAAAGAAGACGGCCAACCUUUCCAGCAAGAGCAUGAAACAACCUGUUAGUCUUUGGUGAAGUUUUACUAUGUAUUUUUAUAGACUGUGUUUAUUUCAUGUGUUUUUAUGUAUGCUGUGUGUCAGAUGC